UGCCCCAGGGACCUGGAGACACACGGCCCAGGAGGAGGAGGAAGAGGAGGAUGCCUAUGAGCUGCCCCCCUGUGAGGCGCUGCCCGUGAAUCUAGCCCCCGCCCGCCUUCCUGGCACCCAGGAGGACUCUUUGUACCUGGAUUGCUCUGGCCCCCUGGGCCCAUCCAAGUCAUCGCCACAGCAGCCCCAGCCCAUGAUGGUGCCAGACUCUGCAAAGCAAGCAGGUGAGGACAUCUACCUGGAGUGUGAGCCCAGUGCAGUCCCUGCCUUGCCUCGGACCCUGAGCUCCCAAGUCCUGAAGCCCCCAGUCCCUCUGCCACGGACAUCAGUAGUGCGCAGGCCCACCACAGCCUCCCAGGAAGCUUGGAAUGGAGCAGCGAAUGCCAGCUCUAAAGCAGGAAGGAGGUCCUUUCUUUCCUCUGCAGCCCCCACAGGAAGCACCUCAGCUGCUGAGGAUGGAGCUUAUACCGUGCGCCCCAGCUCAGGACUUCAUGGCUCCCAGCCCUUCACCCUGGCAGUGCUUCUUCACGGCCGGGUUUUCAACAUUCCCAUCCGGUGGCUAGAUGGUGGGCAAUACUAUGCCCUGGGCCGGGAGAGCAGGAACCACAAGGAGCGCUUCUCCUCUGUGGCUGCCAUGAUCCAGCACUACAUGCAGCACCCUCUGCCCCUUGUGGACAGACACAGUGGCAGCCGGCAACUCACCUGCUUGCUCUUCCCCACCAAGCCCUGA